AUGUUGGUUGACGAAAAAAAUUCAAAGCAAAGGGCUCUUCUUUUAAAAGAAGAAGCCGAAGAGAUUAAAGAAUUCCAUUUUCAUGUUUAUUUCUUCCAGGAUAAUGAAAAACAUCGUGCAUCAGCUCUUGCGUUACGUGAGAAGAUAUCUGAAUUGAUUGAAAAAGGAUUUUUUCAUCCCGUCCCGUAUGCAAAGGUUAACUACGCCCCAUUAGGACCUCAUUUAAUCGGAUCAUAUGAAGUGUGGUGUCCUAAAGAACAUUUCUCUCGAGUCUAUUCAUGGUUCCUCCUUCAUCGUGGAAUUCAUUCUAUUCUUAUUCAUCCUUUGACCAAAAGUGAGUUUUUAGAUCACUCCGAUAGAGCGGUAUGGAUGGGAGAUUCUGUUCCUUUGGACUUGUCGAUUCUUCCCGAUGAAUUAGAUCAUAUCCCUUUACAAUAUCCUGAGCUCGAACUUGGAUAUUCUGCUCCUCAAUAG